GGCGCGGGGCCCCUCGGGAGGCGGGGCCUCAGGGGGAUGCGCGUGGGCGUGACGUCAGUUCGUGCGCCGCAUUCUGUUGCCGGGCAGCCAUGGAGGCUGCUCUGGAGUCCUCAACGGAGGACCCGUUGGGGAACUUUGUGCGAGUUUUGGAGAAGAGAGAUGGCACGGCGUUACGCCUGCAGCAGUAUGGCUCCGGCGGCGUGGGCUGCGUGGUCUGGGACGCUGCCAUUGUUCUUUCUAAAUACCUGGAGACGCCCGGGUUCGCCGGCGACGGGGCCCACGCGCUGCGCCGGCGGUCGGUGCUGGAGCUGGGCGCCGGCACCGGGGCCGUGGGGCUCAUGGCCGCGACCCUCGGGGCAGAUGUUGUAGUCACCGAUCUUGAGGAAUUGCAAGACUUGCUGAAGAUGAAUAUUAACAUGAACAAGCAUCUUGUCACUGGUUCUGUUCAAGCCAAGGUACUGAAAUGGGGGGAAGAAAUAGAAGACUUUCCUUCUCCGCCAGACUACAUACUGAUGGCCGACUGCAUAUACUACGAAGAGUCUUUGGAGCCACUGUUGAAAACUCUAAAAGAUCUCAGUGGAUCUGAGACUUGUAUUAUAUGUUGUUAUGAACAGCGAACAAUGGGGAAAAAUCCAGAAAUCGAGAAAAAAUAUUUUGAGCUUCUUCAACUAGACUUUGACUUUGAAAAAAUUCCCUUGGAAAAACAUGAUGAAGAAUAUCGAAGUGAAGAUAUUCAUAUUUUAUACUUCAGAAAGAAAAAAUCGAAAUUUCCAUCGUGAAAUCUUUAGUCAUCUUACCCAAGCCUCCAGCAACCUGGGUAAGCUAAAGAUGUGAAUGGAGCAUGGGAAGAUUGUGUUCACAGAUUUUUCCAGCAUGUCUUUAGAGACCUGAUAAUAGACAACAACCAUCAUGGGCUGCCUGCAAAACAGAAAAUGACUGCCAGUCUGCCAGCUAAUGGGCCUGAAAUCCAACUUAGUUUACUUUUAGUUCAGUAUCAAGUUCUGCUUAAAAGAAACAUUGUGUAUUAGUCACUCCUCAAAUAAAAGUUGGUAUUGAGGUUAGCCUAAAGUCUGCCAAAAAUAAACAGUGAAGCUUCAUGGUUGACUUAGCUUAUUUUCCAGAAUUAGAUAAAUUGAUCCAGUUUCUAAAGAGAAAUAUAUACUGCUAUAUAAUAAAGUUUAAAUUCAAAUCAGUAAGUUUUAGUUUGUCUUCAAGAUAGGUAAAUUUAAAAGGUUUUCAUUUUAACAUAAUUAUGCAGUGGUUUUUAUCAUGUAUCUUCCACUUUGUUGCUUUUAAGAUAGCUUUACUACUUACUAGUAAAUGUUCUUUUACGUUAAAAAAAGCCCCAACAUAUUUUGUAUAGUUACAUUGGCCAAAGUUUUAUUCUUUUCCUCCACCAUACAUGUCUACAUGAGUUAGUAAAUUAUACUGUAGUGAGUAAGAAUGAAAGUUAAGAAAUCAUGAGAUUAGAAUGAGGGGGGUUGGAGUGAAAGUAAAAAGCCCAUUUUCAGGCUAGUUCACUUUUCUCAUACUAUAUAUCUUCCAGGAAAAAGUGGAUAAAAAUCACUGAUGUUUACUUGUUUACAAAACAGAGACAUUUUUAAAUAACUGCAAAUGUAAUUCUAUAUACAUUUAGCAAAUGGUUUUGAUUCUGUGUAGUCUUUAUGUUAUGAUAAUCAUCUGCUCACAGACUGAUCUGUCAAGAACUUAAAUCUCAACUGUUCUAAAGAGUAAUAAACUAUAGAAUUCUGGUACUUACAGGCAUUGGUGCUAGGUGGCACAUUUUAUGUGUUAAAAUAAAUGUUCUUGCCCUUGCC